AUGGCCGUGCAGAGCGUGCUCGAUGCAGAAGCCCAGCAAAGCUACCCGCACCAGAAUGGCCGGCCGAGGCUUUCGGCAUGGGAAUACCUGAGGCUGCUGGCCAAGGCGACGACAAUCAUACCCUUACGCAUGGCCCUGUACAUCCUGCGAAUCGUCUUCUUCUCCGCCCGGCGCAGGUUCAACAUCAAGCACUACGUCUUCUGCGCCAUUGUCAACGUCGUCUUCACCACCUUCAACGACCGCGAGAUCCAGAUCUACUCGCGGCCCACCGUGGACGCCUACUACUCGUGGGUCAACAGCAAGCUCGCGCGCACCGGCGAGGCAGCGCUCCGCCAGCGCCUCGUCCACGAGAUCCAGCCCCUGGGCCAGACGGGCGGCUCGCUCGUGUGGGUAGGCAACCGCCGCAGGGCCAGCAAGGUGGUGCUGUUCCUGCACGGCGGCGGCUACGUCGCGCCCGCCCUCCGCGGCCACUACGAGUGGUGCUGGAACGCCUACGUCCUGGCCGGCAGGGAGGCCGGCGUCGAGGUCGCCGUCGCCUGCCUGCAGUACACGCUCCUGAACCACGGCCGCUUCCCCGUGCCCCUGGUCCAGGCCGCCGAGGCGCUCGGCUCGAUUCUCGACUCCGGCGUCGGCCCCUCCGACGUCUACGUCGGCGGCGACUCGGCGGGAGGCAACCUGGCCAUGCAGGUCGUGAGCCACGCCCUCCACCCCUACCCGGGCAUCCGUCCGCUGCGGCCGCAGCUGUCGGAGCCCCUCGCGGGCGUCUUUCUGGUGUCGCCCUGGCUGAGCAACAACGUCUCCUCCGGGUCGUUUAAGAAGAACGACGGCAACGACAUGAUAUCCAUCGGGGCCGUGGACGUGCUGGGCGCCGCGCUCUACGGUGAGGACCUCGUCAGGGAGCACAAGUCGGCUGUUCUUGCGGGAGACAUGUCUGCCGCCAAUCCCUACAUGACGCCGCUCGACACCAGCGAGGACUGGCUCGACGGCAUCGGGCGUGUCGUGUCGAGGCUCUAUCUCACCGUGGGAAAGAAUGAGGUGCUGUACGACCACGGCGUCGCGCUCGUCAGUCUGCUGCGGCGCAGGGACGCCACCUGCAAGAUCAGACUAGACGAGUCGGAAAGAGAGGCUCACGACUUUAUUCUCAUCGAGAACAUAUUCGAGAAGCCGGGCGACGCGACGGCCAGGAUGAAGGCCUGGUUCAAGGGGACUCUGACGGAAAGCUGA